GGCAAAGCAGAGCAGAGCAGGUAGAUUUCCAAGAUAGACCAGGAGCCACCCAGAGAUGAGCCUGGGCUUCCUCGAUCCCCAGCCCUGUGGCCCCGUGGGGAUGAAGAAAGCCUAAACACCGACACCCUACGCUUGUGCCAUGGCCCUACCCCAGACACCACCAGCCCCAGGCACGGAGGUGGAGGAAACAGUGCCUCCAGCUGCGGAUUUGGUGUUGGGAGCCUCAGCCUGCUGCCUGGCUUGUGUGUUCACCAACCCUCUGGAGGUGGUGAAGACGAGGCUGCAGCUGCAGGGGGAGUUGCAGGCCCAGGGUACCUACCCAAGACCCUACCGUGGCUUUGUGGCUUCUGUGGCUGCUGUGGCCCGUGCAGAUGGUCUGUGGGGCCUGCAGAAGGGACUCGCUGCCGGCCUUCUCUACCAAGGUCUCAUGAACGGUGUCCGCUUCUACUGCUACAGCCUGGCAUGCCAAGUUGGCCUCACCCAGAAGCCAGGUGGCACCGUGAUUGCAGGUGCUGUGGCUGGGGCACUGGGAGCCUUUGUGGGGAGCCCUGCUUACCUGGUCAAGACACAGCUGCAGGCCCAGACAGUGGCUGCAGUGGCCGUGGGGCACCAGCACCAGCACCAGAGCGUCCUGGGGGCCUUGGAGACCAUCUGGCGGCAGCAGGGCCUGCUGGGGCUGUGGCAGGGUGUGGGUGGAGCUGUGCCCCGAGUCAUGGUGGGCUCAGCCGCCCAGCUGGCCACCUUUGCCUCCGCCAAGACCUGGGUGCAGAAGCAGCAAUGGUUCCCAGAGGACAGCUGGCUGGUGGCCCUAGCUGGGGGCAUGAUCAGCAGUGUGGCUGUGGUGGCUGUCAUGACCCCCUUCGACGUGGUCAGCACACGGCUAUACAAUCAGCCAGUGGACGGAGCUGGCAGGGGCCGGCUGUACCGGGGCCUCGCUGAUUGCCUGGUGAAGAUCUGUCAGCAGGAGGGCCCCUUGGCGCUCUACAAAGGUCUGGGCCCUGCUUACCUGCGCCUGGGCCCCCACACCAUCCUCAGCAUGCUCUUUUGGGAUGAGCUCCGGAAACUGGCCAGGCAGGCCCAGCACCAGGGCACUCAGGCCUUGUCCAGCACCACACACACACCCUGACAUAGUCUGGCACUUGGUCAGAAGACAUGGCCACUUAGAGCAGACUCAGGCCCAGGCCCCUCCACAGCUCUGGAAGAGUGUAGACCACUCCAGUCAACCCAGCCCACUAGGGCCAGAGAAACCACUUUGAGCUGCCACCCCUCUGUCUUCUUCCUUCUCUGCCCUGUGUCACUGUCACCCAGAGCCUUGCUCACUGUCAGGGUCAUAGCCGAGUGGCUCACCUGCCUCAGCUGGCUUGGUCCUCCAACAGUAUGAUGGGCAAAAAUCUUUCAUCGCAAGGAAGCUGAGUGGUGACUCGGGUCUGGUCAAAGUCACACAGUGGCUUGGAAGUGUGGCUCAAGUGGUCGAAUGCUUGUCUAUAAAGUGUGAGUGAGGCCCUGAGUUCAAACCCCAGUGUCACAAAAAAAAAAAAAAAAAAAACCACACACACACACACACCCCUUUCAGUUAGCAGAGCCAGGGCUGGAGCUCAGCUAUAGCUACCCCGGACCGGUGCUCUUGACAAGAGUGCAACUAGCAGGAGCAUGGGACUGGGUGUCCCUUACGGGUCAUUGUACACAGGAGGAGACCUAGGGCUGUGCCAGGAGGUGGUGGGGUCGCCAUGUUUUGUUUGCUAUAGCUGCCCUGACAGAAACUGCAAAUCUGAGAUCAAGAUGUUAGCAGGGCCAAUGAGUUUAAUUUAAUUUAUUUUUUUUGUGGUGGAACCAGGGCCUCUGGCAUGCUAGGCAUGAACUCUACCAGUGACCCACACUCCCAGCCCAGGGCUGACUUCUGAGUCCUCACUCCCUGGCUUGUAUGCAGAUGGCUGCUUUCUUCCUGUGUCCUCACUUGGUCAUCCCUCUGUGUAUGUCACUAACCUAAUCUCCUCUUAUAAGGACACCAGCCAUGUUGCAUGAGGACCCACCCCAGGGACCUCAUCUUACUUACCUUCCACAGGUCAUUCCCCCAUAUCCAUAUAUAGUCACACCCUGAUGUACUGGAAGCAGGACUUCAAAUGGAUUUGGGGGGACACAAUUCAGCUUAGACGUCAUAUAAGGGCUUUUAUCAAGGGCCUCCCAUUUGCACACAUCCUGGUGAUUCUGACAGGCAGCUCAGUGAUACCUGUUGCUCAGACGAAGAGACAGAGGCCCAGGAUAGGGCAGCCUGACCCAGUGAGUAGGGCAGAUGGGCCGAGUUUGGUAGGGCAACGGCAGAUCCUCGGCUCUUUCUCCACAAUGCAGCCACACUCCACCACGUCUGGACACCAAUUCCCUGGCAGGGCAAGGCCAGCCGGGGCCAGGCAGCCCUCGCCACAACACCUUCCCAGCUAUACCCCAAGGGUGAAGAGCUGCUCCUUGGAAACAGCUCCUGGGCACACUCCAAAUCAAUAAAGUUUUCCAUUUUGUUUAUUUCCGUGACUCCCUCUACCUCAGCUGCCCCACCCCAGCAACCACACCUGGGGCUUGGCUCUUUCUGGGAAGGAAGGUGGGAGGGAGAAUGGCAAAGGUUUCCAGUCACCAGCUCCUCCCACCUGGCCAAGUGAGGCCUGCCACCUAGUGGGCACAGGAGGAGGCCACAGCCCCAAGGCAGGUGAUCAACCUUCAGGCUGCAGGAGAUUCCAGACCCGCCACUGCCUAAAAGGGCUGAGGCUUGGGAAAGCUGCACUGUCAGACAUUGCAGAGCAGCGGGGCAGAGCCUGACCCCAGGCAGGGGGAGACCCCAGACCUCAGGCUGAGAGGACGGAGCCUGACCUCAGGCUGUGGGGAGCCCCUCUACCUUGGGAUCUCAGGAGGAGAGUACAGACCUGCUCGUCAGGCUGAGAGAGGGGAGGAACCUGACUUGAGGCAAGACAGGUGGACAGAUGGAGCUGGGCUUCAGAAAGUCAUUGUGUGG